UUCUGCAGCUGAGACAAAGAAACUUAAGAACAGGAGAGAAGAGGCAGCCAGACAUCUCAGCUCUCUUAAUACGCUGAUAGGCUCUUUAUUUGGUUCUCAAGAGAGCACAUCUCUAUAUUUCAACUGCAAACAAUGAUCUGGACAAGUAUUUUCCUAAUACUAUUCUUUAGCCAACUCUGCAAAAGCCAGGCUGAAGUAAACGAAAGUGCUAAGAGAGUUGAUGAUGAGACGUCUGAGAUGGAGAACCGUCUUUCAGCUGAAGAGCAAAACAAAGACUUGGAGAAGGUCCUCUUAGGUCACUUAGAGAUCAUUGUGCCACCAGAAAAACAUGUACUGCUGCCCCCUAAAAUGGGAAGUAAAAUUUCCUUUAAUGUCACAUUAAUCUCUGGUUCUCAAAAUGGAAAUGGGGUGAUCUUUCAAAAGCCAGAUGAGGAAGACCAACAAGAAGAGGAAGCCGAGGAGACGGAUGAAGAAGCAUCAAAAGAAGAUAAAGUUCUCCCAACUAUAACUGCACAGCCAGCUACUACUCUACCGACAGAUGAUAAUUUAAGCUAUAUCUUGUCUCGGCUGAGUGGCAUAGAAGCUGCAAUCCAUCGCCUUAACGUCCAGUUCUAUGGCCUAGACGUAAAAGUGACCCAGAUGUCUCAAAGUGUCUCCAAGAUGCGGACUAAGCUCGAUGAAGCAGAGGACACUAUCGCUACAGUGUCUGAGAUAAAUGCAAGAAAUCAAAGACAGAUUGGACAUAUUGAAGGUUGUUUGAAGGGUAAGAGAUACUUCAGAAAGUGCUACCUCAUUUUCCAGCACUUUGAAAACUAUGCUACAGCACAGCAGCUUUGCCACAGUCGAGGAGGAAACUUGGCAAUGCCUAUAGACCAGAAUGAAUUUGCCGCUCUAGCACAAUAUGUUCAUGACGCAUUCUUCCCUUUCAACUGGCCCAUCUGGAUUGGGAUUAACGAUCUACGCUCAGAAGGAAUGUAUCAGUUUGAGAAUGGGCAUCGUGUCUCUUAUUUCAACUGGUACAAAGAUCACUUGGUGACACAGCCAAAUGGUGGCAUUCUUGAGAACUGUGUGUCCAUCUCAUCCGAUGAUGGAAAGUGGUGGGACAAUGACUGCUCAAGGAGAAUGUACUACAUCUGCGAGUACUGAGUGGGAAGUCAAGGGUGACAAACUUGGCUCUGCUUGUAGUAUCUAUGUCACGUGUUGUGUAGUUCAUACCUCAGGUAUACAUAUUAAUGCUUAUAAUUAUGACAACACCUUCAAAAGUGUACAAGAACGAUGUUAGAAGUUAAGCCAAUUUUCGAUAAGUUUCUUUAUCCUCAAGAUUCAUUUUGAGAAAUAAAAAGGAACCACUCCUAUGUGGGAGAACAGA